CCAUUUCAGCCCUCUGAUGGCAUCAGACGAUUGAUCGCCGCCGUUCGUUUGAAAACACUUGUUCAUUUUUCAUGGGAAGAAGAAAACAGAGUUUUUGGCUUGUAGGUCUGUCACCUUGAGAGAAAGAAGAGCUUUUUAAAACAAAACAGUGUGAUUGCCAAGUGGGUUUUGCUCUGAAGCUACAACUCAAACUGGGUUCUGCUCAGAACUUGGCUUCUCCCUCUCUGUAUUCUCUCUGUGGAAACUAUCUAUGUUUCCAUGGCUUGGACUUUGGUUCAACUCUCUGCUUUUGAUACCAUGGAGUGAUUAAAGGUAAGGUAUGAGAUGAUAGCUUUCACUGUAAGGACCAUAACCACUCAUUCUUCGGCCCUUGCAGCUUGAUUCAGUUCAUACAAACAUUAUCAGAUCGUUUUACACCAAAUUCACUGCCACCGUUGGAUCAAGUUUUCUACUUUCCGAUGUCAAAUUCCGAAAUCUCAUCGGCUUCUUUGCCGUCCUCCUCCUCAACUUCAUCCUUAUGCUCAAUAUCAGUCCCUGAUAUCGAUCCUUUGCUCAAGGAUUUGAAUGAGAGAAAGCAGAGUUUUCGGCGAAAUGUGGUGUCGUUGGCAGCUGAACUAAAGGAGGUUCGGAGCCGCUUGGCAUCUCAAGAGCAAAUUUUUGCUAAAGAAACAAUAACAAGACAGGAGGCAGAGACAAAGGCUAAAAACAUGGAAGAUCAGAUUGGUAAAUUGCAGAGGAGACUUGAAGAGAGGAAUGAGCAACUUCAGGCCUCAACAUCUACAACUGAGAAGCACCUGAAGGAGUUGGAUGAUCUUAGAUCACAGCUUGCAGGCACUCAAGCAACUGCAGAUGCUAGUGCUGCAUCAGCUCAAUCAGCACAAUUGCAGUGUUUGGCACUUGUGAAGGAGCUAGAUGCGAAGAAUCUUUCAUUAAAAGAACACGAGAAUCGUGUAACUAGGCUAGGAGAGCAAGUAGAUAUUCUACAAAAGGAUCUUAAAGCGCGGGAAUCUUCCCAAAAUCAGCUUCGAGAUGAAGUUAUGAGGAUCGAGAAUGAUAUAAUGCAAGCUCUUUCCAAAACUGCGGCGAACAAGGACUGUGAACUGAGGAAGAUAUUAGAUGACGUUUCUCCAAAGAAUAUUGAGAACAUUAAUAGGCUGUUAGUUGCUAAGGAUGAAGAAAUAGCUAAACUGAGAGAUGAGAUCAGGAUUAUGUCUGCUCACUGGAAGCUCAAGACUAAAGAUUUGGAAGCACAGUUAGAGAAGCAACGUCGAACUGAUCAGGAAUUGAAGAAGAGCGUGUUGAAGUUGGAAUUCUGUCUCCAGGAAGCUAGAUCUCAGACACGCAAACUCCGAAGGAUGGGAGAGCGAAGGGACAAAGCUUUGAAAGAACUCAGAGACCAAUUGGCUGUGAAACAAAUUGAAGCAGCAAGUGCUGAAAAACAAAAUUUCUGGGAAAGUUCUGGUUUCAAGAUUGUUGUUUCCAUGUCAAUGUUGGUACUGGUUGUCUUUUCCAAGCGAUAAAAAAAUAAAAAAAGUUUUUUUUGCCUUGAAAAAAACUGAGCUAGUUGCUGUGUAUAAAAAAACAUAUUUAAAUCCUUUAGUUAUAGUCUUAGGAGUAGUUUAAGGAGGCCAUUUUGCUUGUAGACAUUCUUGUUGUAGAGGUUAUUAGUACAUAAUUUUGGCUGCCAUGUUGAGUUUUCAACUUUCAUCUUCAUUAAAUGAAGGUGUUAUCGUUCUACU